CCGCCCGGCGCUGCUGAGCACCACGUGCGCGGUUCUCCGCUGAGCUUCCCGAGUUUCCCGGCAUCCUCCGCGAGCCGCUUCCACGAUGGCUGCCACCGCGGCCGACAUCCAGCACACGCUGGAGAUGCUGCACAUGACCGUGUUCUCGCAGAGCUUCUCGCCGUGCGGGAGACACCUCGCGGCGGGGAACAGCUACGGACGCGUCGCGGUGUUCAGUCUUAGCUUGGCGCUUGGUUUGGAUGCCACGGAGGAGAGUCGAAAACCCAUAUACACCUUUACAGCACAUGAGAGUCCAGUGUACAGCCUCGUUUCUACGGAUCGGCUGCUCAUAAGUGCCGGCAAUGGAUUGGUGAAGGCCUGGAACUGGAGCGACUUGAUUAAGAAGACCGCAAAGGAGGUGUGGUCAAAGCAACCACCUUACAAGAUGGGAGUGGACGUACCUGAGAUCAACGCUCUUCUGCUGAAUGAGAAGGACAACUCGCUGUACCUGGGCUGUGGGGACUGCAACGUGUACAACAUGGAUCUCGAGUCGGGCACAUGUAAGCUCUUCCUGGAGGGCCACACGGACUACGUGCACUGCCUGGCGCUCCGGGACCACGUGAGCGAGGUGCUCUCGGGCGGGGAAGACGGCACCGUGAGGCACUGGGAUGUCCGGACCGGAAACCUGGUGCAGUGCGUGGAAAUCUUCAAGUACCAGGAAUGUGCCCGGCCUGAGUUUGGAAAGUGGAUCGGUUGCUUGGCCACGGACUCCGAUUGGAUGAUCUGCGGUGGGGGCCCCGCGCUCAGCCUGUGGCACCUGCGCUCGCUCACCCCCACCACGGUCUUCCCGCUCAACGGCUCUCACCAUGCAGCUAUGUUUCACCAGGACCUGAUCAUCUCGGCUGGUUCGGGCCACUCCAUCGACCACUGCCAGGUGAACGGGGAAGUCCGCGCGCGCAUCCCGGUCUCCACCCCCUCCGUCUACUCCCUCCAGGUCAACCACAACUCCUCCGAGAACAAGGUUCUAUCUGCUGCUGGUAGCAGCCACAAGCUGGAGGUGUUUACCAACCUUGGGUACCGGGCCUUCUGCCUCGCCUUCACCUAGCUCACAAAUAACCACAAACGCUCAGCACAUUCGUCGAUUAAACACCGCGUGUGGCCCUAGGCGACGUUUUGGGCAAUGGCCCUUCUUCAUGGCGUUUGACAAAGAUGCGAUUUGCAACAAAACGUCGCCGAUUAUAGGCGCCUCCUCUUAGGACCACAGUGUUAUUUGAUGAACGUAUUGAGUUAUUUUGUUAUUUGUGCUUGUGUACCACUGCCAAUGCAAUAUCACGAAAUAGCCCACACAGACAAAGAUUUUCACGUGCAGCCUCUAACAGACUGUUAGGUUGGCAAGUCCCAACCUAGCGCACAUACACACUCAUACAAAGAUCCCCCGUAUAGGCUUACCAGGAUGUUGGGGCAAGUGCUGUUAGUGAGCACCUAUGAAACCCAAUAUGGUGCAAGCGGAGGUUGGGUGGCCGACAUCAAGCCGAGCUGCCUUCGUCUACUCAGUGCUGAAGUUUAAUACACCACACCGGGUACUCUCUUAAGCCUGAGUCGACCUAGGGUAGGCCCAGGAUAGGUUUAAGUAUCCGUUAGCGGGAAUCAAACUUGGGUUGCCGGAUUCGUAAUGCGAACCACUGCGCCACUGUUCCAACUCAAAGACAAACAUCCCCCGUGUGUGACCUUUCACAGGCUUUUGGGGCAAGCGCUGUUUGCGAGCACCUGUUACGGCCACCCCUACACUCACACAACAUAGAAAGGCAGAUGCCCCAGCACGUGUACGUUUAGCGUGCGUGCGAACACUGACGCUCACGUACAUGCACGGGUGUGAAGACAUCGACUCGUUAUUACGAUGGCACCGCGCGUAGACCCCGGGGAAAGUUUGCUACUCUAUCAUCGUGUUCACUCGAACAGGUUUAAUAGUAAGUUUAACUGUGCCUUGCAACAACACACUCGAGAACGUUCACGCAUCAUCGCUGGGUAUGUUCGCGUUUGUGCUUAUACAGACCUCGUCAAAUGCUAAAUUAAAACAUUACACACGGGUACGUGUGCAUCCUGUUAACUCAAAAUACCAGCUGGGAUCGGAUGUUUUGUAGCACGUGCGUGCGUGAUCGUGAUACGCCACGUGAUCUCUGUGCGGGGGCGUAAGUUAACACGAGAGAGCGGCGACCACUUUCCUGCGGCUACGCUCGGGACAAAUGGGGGGGUCUCUAUGAGCAUGUUUCUCCGUAGCGAGGUGAUAUCGCAAGUGCUGUUGUGCGCGCGCAUACAUUACACUUGGACACGCACAACCCGGGGACUGUUCGGCAUGGGACCAAUCACUGCCAAGAGUGUGUGGAGCCGUCGUUGCAACGUCUGACGAAAAAAUAACUUUCAAACUUUCUGUAAACCAAAAGUGGAUGUUCGCCUCGCGAUGCCUUCGUAUGUCACUCCACAAACUUGGCACAACAUUCGUACCCACGUCUGAGAGAUCUUCCACCACAUCCGGAAAAGCGUACGUUGUUGACACACCACUCGUCAGAUUCGUUUUUUUAUAAUAAAAAUGUUGUUUUAGA